UUGGAGAGGUGUUGUGUAAGAAGAAACAGGGAGAGAAAGACAGAGACUGCUGGAGGGAGAAGUUAGGAAGCAGCCAGGACUUAAAAAUCCAAGAAACUGAAAUUGUGGGAUCCUAGAUGUCAUUGAAAGAAGGCACGUAAAUGAGAUGUGUACAAAAACGAGAUGAAAUAUGGAGGGUUUCUUCAUCUGCACGCUGCUUUCUGGGUGCACAGCUCUGUGACAGACCACAGUUUUGCUUCCAAGGAGCUCCAGAAAAGAGAGGAGUCUGGAGAUCCUUAUUAGAAAUUGCAGUGUUCUGAGUAUCAUAAUUUCAUGCAGCCUUCUAUAACACGUGUGGCUUAAGAGCUAAAGAACGGAAUUGACUGUAUAUGUGUGGACAGUCAGCCCUAUGCAGUACGUAGGAGCCAUCUUGGUUUGACCACAUGAUCAGGAAUGAUACGGAUUUGAGGUUCCAAUUAAAACCGUGUUUGGGCCAUUGCUUUGCCUGCCUGUGCUUAAUCUUUCCCGAAAGCCUCAUCACUUAUCUAAAACAAAAGAAGAACGAGAAUCCUGCAGGAACAGCACCACUGAAAGAAACAGUGCUGAACUUAUCAGAUCUGUGCUGAAUGACUGUAAAUCAGCCUUAAAGGAAGAGAGGGGCCUGAACCAAGUAAACUGAGGACCACUUUCGUAAGGAGCUCCUAUUCCUUGUUUUCAUGACUGAACCUACAUAACCAGACAUGGAGCAGAUGGACUGCAAACCCUACCAGCCGCUCUCUAAAGUUAAGCACGAAGUGGAUCUAACUUACACAAGUUCUUCGGAUGAAAGUGAAGAUGGGAGAAAACAAAGACAAUCCUAUGACUCCCGAGAAACUCUGAACGAGUACGGCCAAGAACUGAGACUGAACUAUAACAGCCAUAGCAGAAAAAGAAAAGCUGUUGACCAGUCUGCUCAAGAGAUGGAAUUCUGCGAGACUCCCCACGUGCUGUGCUCUGGCUACCAGACAGAUUUACAUGGUGCAGCUCAACAUGGUUAUCCAUUAGAGAUGGGAUCAGAUGUGGAUACCGAGACUGAAGGGGGUGCUUCACCAGACCAUGCCCUGAGGAUGUGGAUGAGGGGGAUGAAAUCGGAGCACAGUUCCUGUUUGUCAAGCCGGGCAAACUCUGCAUUGUCCCUCACUGACACCGACCAUGAAAGGAAGUCUGAUGGAGAAAACGAAAUGCCGGGCAGCCCACACAACCAGUUCACGUUUCGACCGCUCCCGCCCCCGCCCCCACCACCACAUGCGUGCACCUGCAGCAGAAAACCACCUCCAACAGCGGAUUCUCUCCAGAGAAGAUCAAUGACAACUCGCAGCCAGCCCAGUCCAGCUGCUCCAACCCCCCCAACCGGUACACAGGAUUCUGUGCAUCUGCACAACAGCUGGGUCUUGAAUAGUAAUAUACCACUGGAGACCAGGCAUUUCCUAUUUAAACAUGGAUCUGGUUCUUCAGCUAUCUUCAGUGCAGCCAGUCAGAACUAUCCUUUAACAUCCAAUACUGUUUACUCUCCACCUCCUAGGCCACUUCCCAGAAGUACCUUUUCUAGACCUGCCUUCACUUUUAACAAACCUUACAGGUGUUGCAACUGGAAGUGCACUGCUUUGAGUGCUACAGCUAUUACAGUUACGCUGGCUUUGUUGCUAGCCUAUGUUAUUGCAGUACAUUUGUUUGGCUUAACCUGGCAACUGCAGCCUGUUGAAGGGCAGUUGUAUGAAAAUGGAGUCAGCAAAGGGAACAGAGUGACCGAAUCCAUGGAUACUACUUACUCGCCAAUCGGAGGAAAGGUGUCUGAUAAAACAGAAAAGAAAGUGUUUCAGAAAGGACGGGCCAUAGACACAGGAGAAGUUGAGAUUGGAGCCCAAGUUAUGCAGACCAUCCCACCAGGUUUAUUCUGGCGUUUUCAAAUUACUAUCCAUCACCCAGUGUACCUGAAAUUUAACAUUUCACUGGCAAAGGACUCUCUGCUGGGAAUUUAUGGCAGAAGAAAUAUUCCACCCACUCAUACUCAGUUUGAUUUUGUAAAACUGAUGGAUGGAAAACAGUUAAUUAAACAAGAGCCAAGGAACUCAGAGGAGUCUCAGCAUGCGCCUAGGAAUCUGAUCUUAACCUCACUGCAAGAGACAGGUUUCAUUGAAUAUAUGGAUCAGGGGGUUUGGCACAUGGCAUUUUACAAUGAUGGAAAGAAAAUGGAGCAAGUAUUUGUGCUAACUACAGCAAUUGAAAUCAUGGAUGAUUGCUCUACUAAUUGCAAUGGGAACGGAGAAUGUAUCUCAGGUCACUGCCACUGUUUCCCAGGAUUCCUUGGUCCUGACUGUGCAAAAGACUCGUGCCCCGUGCUGUGCAGUGGAAACGGGGAAUAUGAGAAAGGUCACUGUGUAUGCCGGAAUGGAUGGAAAGGAGCAGAGUGUGAUGUUCCAGAAGAGCAAUGUAUUGAUCCAACCUGCUUUGGCCAUGGUACUUGCAUCAUGGGAGUCUGCAUCUGUGUCCCAGGAUACAAAGGAGAAAUUUGUGAAGAAGAGGACUGCUUGGACCCUAUGUGCUCUGGCCAUGGCGUCUGUGUUCAAGGGGAAUGUCACUGCUCCACAGGCUGGGGAGGAGUAAACUGUGAGACAUCUCUUCCUGUGUGUCAAGAGCAGUGCUCAGGUCACGGGACUUUCCUCUUGGAUACUGGAGUGUGUAGCUGUGAGCCACAGUGGACAGGUCCAGACUGCUCAACAGAACUAUGCACGCUGGACUGUGGGAGCCACGGUGUUUGUUCAAGAGGAAUAUGCCAGUGUGAAGAAGGCUGGGUAGGACCAACCUGUGAAGAACGUACAUGCCAUUCUCACUGUGCUGAGCAUGGCCAGUGCAAAGACGGAAAGUGUGAGUGCAGCCCUGGAUGGGAAGGAGACCACUGCACCAUCGAUGGUUGCCCAGGUCUGUGUUAUGGAAACGGAAGAUGCACUCUGGAUCAGAAUGGAUGGCACUGUGUCUGCCAAGUGGGCUGGAGUGGCACAGGAUGUAAUGUUGUCAUGGAAAUGGUGUGUGGCGAUAACCUGGAUAACGAUGGAGAUGGCUUGACAGACUGUGUAGAUCCUGAUUGUUGUCAGCAGAGCAAUUGCUAUGCAAGUCCUCUCUGCCAAGGUUCACCUGAUCCCCUUGACCUCAUUCAGCAUAGCCAGCCUCCCUUCUCUCAGCAUCCUCCGAGGCUCUUUUAUGAUCGAAUCAAAUUCCUCAUUGGGAAGGAGAGCACUCACGUGAUCCCAGGAGAUGUCUCAUUUGAUAGCAGACGUGCUUGUGUUAUUCGAGGCCAGGUGGUAGCAGUUGAUGGAACACCCCUGGUUGGAGUAAAUGUCAGUUUUCUACACCACGGUGAUUAUGGAUACACUAUCAGCCGACAGGAUGGAAGUUUCGAUCUUGUGGCUGUUGGAGGCAUCUCUGUUACCCUGGUUUUUGACAGAUCUCCAUUCAUUUCUGAGAAAAGGACACUGUGGUUGCCUUGGAAUAGGUUUAUUGUAGUAGAUAAAGUUGUCAUGCAGAGAACACAAUCAGAUGCACCUUCUUGUGACAUCAGUAAUUUUAUCAGCCCAAAUCCAGUUGUGCUGCCUUCACCCUUGACGGCAUUUGGAGGGUCCUGUCCGGAGAGAGGAACAGUCAUUCCAGAGCUACAGGUGGUCCAGGAGGAAAUCCCAAUUCCUUCCAGUUUUGUGAAGCUCAGUUAUCUGAGCAGUCGGACGCCUGGAUAUAAAACUUUGUUGCGUAUUAUUUUAACGCAUGCAGCCAUCCCUGCUGGAAUGACAAAAGUGCAUUUAAUAGUUGCUGUUGAAGGACGUCUGCUUCAGAAGUGGUUUCCAGCUGCUACCAACCUGGUCUACACAUUUGCCUGGAAUAAGACAGACAUAUAUGGACAAAAGGUUUCUGGUCUGGCAGAGGCAAUGGUGUCAGUAGGAUAUGAAUAUGAAACAUGCCCUGAUUUUAUUCUCUGGGAAAAAAGGACAGUAAUCCUUCAGGGUUUUGAGAUGGAUGCUUCGAAUCUGGGAGGCUGGGCCAUAAACAAACACCAUAUAUUGAAUCCACAAAGCGGCAUUGUACACAAAGGAAAUGGUGAAAACAUGUUCAUUUCCCAACAGCCCCCUGUUAUCUCAACUGUCAUGGGUAACGGACACCAAAGAAGUGUCUCUUGCUCCAAUUGCAAUGGCCUUGCUCUCAACAACAAACUCUUUGCCCCAGUUGCUAUGGCUUCUGGCCCUGAUGGCAGUGUAUAUAUUGGAGACUUCAAUUUUGUCAGACGGAUAUUUCCCUCAGGAAAUUCCAUUAGCAUUUUAGAACUACGGAACAGAGAUACAAGGCAUAGUACGAGUCCAGCUCACAAGUACUACCUGGCUGUGGACCCAGCCUCAGAAUCCCUCUACUUGUCAGACACCAACACCAGGAGAGUCUACAAAGCAAAAUCGCUCAGUGAAACAAAGGAUUUGGCCAAGAACUAUGAUGUGGUUGCAGGGACAGGUGAUCAGUGCCUCCCAUUUGAUCAGAGUCACUGCGGAGAUGGCGGAAGGGCGGCCGAGGCUUCUCUCAACAGUCCUAGAGGUAUCACUGUGGAUAAAUAUGGAUUCAUCUACUUUGUUGAUGGUACCAUGAUUCGGAAAAUUGAUGAGAAUGGUGUGAUCACAACAAUAAUUGGUUCAAAUGGUCUCACAUCAACACAACCGUUGAGCUGUGACUCUGGAAUGGAUAUCACUCAGGUCCGGCUAGAGUGGCCAACAGACCUCACAGUCAACCCUGUAGACAAUUCACUCUAUGUUCUGGACAACAACAUUGUGCUGCAGAUCUCCGAGAAUAGGCGUGUGCGAAUUAUUGCAGGUCGCCCUAUUCACUGUCAAGUACCAGGCAUAGAUCAUUUCCUGGUCAGCAAGGUGGCGAUCCAUUCGACCCUGGAAUCAGCCAGAGCCAUCGCAGUAUCUCACAGUGGGAUACUGUACAUUGCAGAGACGGAUGAGAGAAAGAUAAACCGCAUACAGCAGGUUACAACCAAUGGUGAGAUUUCUAUCAUUGCUGGAGCCCCAUCCGAUUGCGACUGCAAGAUUGACCCGAAUUGCGAUUGUUUCUCAGGGGAUGGUGGAUAUGCCAAAGAUGCAAAGCUGAAAGCACCUUCUUCUCUAGCAGUCUCUCCUGAUGACACACUGUACAUAGCAGACCUUGGCAACGUUCGCAUCCGUGCAGUCAGUCGAAACAAGGCUCAUCUCGGUGACAUGAAUAUUUAUGAGAUUGCAUCCCCAGCAGACCAAGAACUGUAUCAGUUCACCACCAAUGGGACCCAUCUCCACACACUGAAUCUGAUAACAAGGGACUAUAUUUACAAUUUCACAUACAAUGGGGAAGGGGAUAUUGGCACAAUCACUAGCAGCAAUGGGAAUUCAGUUCAUAUCCGCAGAGAUGCAAGUGGGUUGCCUCUGUGGCUGGUGGUGCCCGGAGGCCAGGUAUACUGGCUAACAAUAAGCAGCAAUGGUGUCCUGAAGAGAGUCUAUGCUCAAGGCUAUAACUUGGCUCUGAUGACAUACCCUGGCAACACAGGUCUUCUAGCAACCAAGAGUGAUGAAAACGGGUGGACAACUGUGUAUGAAUAUGACCCUGAAGGUCACUUGACCAAUGCAACCUUUCCAACUGGCGAGGUCAGCAGUUUCCACAGCGACGUCGAAAAACUGACCAGAGUAGAGCUCGACACUUCAAACAGGGAAAAUGUGAUCACGGCUACAAAUUUCUCUGCUACUUCCACCAUAUACACUUUAAAACAAGAAAACACACAGAGCAUCUAUCGGGUCAGCCCGGAUGGUUCACUGAGGGUCACCUUUGCCAGCGGAAUGGAAAUCACUCUGAACACAGAGCCCCACAUUCUGGCGGGAGUUGUCAACCCCACUUUAGGAAAGUGCAAUAUUUCACUACCUGGAGAGCAUAACUCAAACCUGAUUGAAUGGAGGCAAAGGAAGGAGCAAACCAAAGGCAACAUCUCCACAUUUGAGAGGAGGCUACGGGCCCACAACAGAAACCUCUUAUCCAUUGAUUUUGACCACGUAACCAGAACAGGAAAGAUCUAUGAUGACCAUCGAAAAUUCACUCUUCGGAUUAUGUAUGACCAGACAGGACGUCCAAUUUUGUGGUCACCCAUCAGCAAGUACAAUGAAGUCAACAUCACUUAUUCACAUUCAGGAUUAGUGACCUAUAUUCAGAGAGGAACAUGGACUGAGAAAAUGGAAUAUGACCCAAGUGGAAAGAUCAUUUCCAGGACAUGGGCAGAUGGUAAAAUAUGGAGCUACACAUAUUUAGAAAAGUCUGUGAUGCUCCUGUUGCACAGCCAACGCCGCUACAUCUUUGAGUACGACCAGUCAGAUUACCUGCUCUCAGUUACCAUGCCAAGUAUGGUGCGCCACGGCUUGCAGACCAUGCUUUCAGUGGGAUACUAUCGCAACAUCUACACUCCCCCGGACAGCAGCACUGCCUUCAUACAAGACUUCACCAGAGAUGGACGGCUGUUGCAAACACUAUAUCCUGGAACAGGGCGUCGAAUCCUUUACAAGUACACAAAACAGUCCCGGCUGUCAGAAAUCCUCUACGAUACUGCUCAAGUCACCUUUACAUAUGAAGAAUCUUCUGGGGUUAUAAAGACCAUACACUUAAUGCAUGAUGGAUUCAUCUGCACCAUCAGAUAUAGGCAGACAGGUCCCCUUAUUGGUCGUCAGAUCUUCCGAUUUAGCGAAGAAGGUCUUGUGAAUGCCAGAUUUGACUACAGUUACAACAAUUUCCGGGUUACAAGCAUGCAGGCCAUGAUAAAUGAGACACCUCUUCCUAUAGAUCUGUACCGCUAUGUUGACGUGUCUGGAAGGACUGAGCAGUUUGGAAAAUUCAGUGUAAUCAAUUAUGACUUGAACCAAGUUAUAACCACCACUGUGAUGAAACACACCAAGAUUUUUAGUGCCAACGGGCAGGUGAUUGAAGUGCAAUAUGAAAUUCUUAAGUCUAUAGCCUAUUGGAUGACCAUUCAGUAUGAUAAUAUGGGUCGGAUGGUGAUAUGUGAUAUACGUGUAGGAGUAGAUGCCAACAUAACAAGGUACUUUUAUGAAUAUGAUGCUGACGGCCAACUUCAGACUGUCUCUGUGAAUGAUAAAACCCAGUGGCGUUACAGUUAUGACCUAAAUGGAAAUAUCAACUUGCUUAGUCAUGGAAACAGUGCCCGUCUCACUCCUCUGAGAUAUGAUCUUAGAGAUCGCAUUACCAGACUAGGAGAAAUUCAAUACAAAGUGGAUGAAGAUGGUUUUCUUAGACAAAGGGGCAAUGAAAUCUUUGAGUAUAACUCCAAUGGUUUGCUGAGCAAAGCUUACAAUAAAAUGUCUGGUUGGACUGUGCAAUACUGCUAUGAUGGCCUUGGGAGAAGAGUUGCAAGCAAAUCAAGCAUAGGACAACACCUACAGUUCUUUUACGCCGAUCUUUCCAACCCAAUAAGAGUUACCCACUUGUACAAUCACACUAGCUCAGAAAUAACAUCCUUGUAUUAUGAUCUGCAAGGUCAUCUCAUCGCUAUGGAAUUAAGCAGUGGAGAAGAAUAUUAUGUUGCUUGUGACAACACUGGCACCCCCCUAGCUGUCUUUAGCAGUCGGGGUCAAGUAAUUAAAGAAAUUCUAUACACGCCUUAUGGAGAGAUCUAUCAGGACACUAAUCCGGAUUUCCAAGUUAUAAUUGGCUUUCAUGGAGGACUGUAUGAUUCUCUUACUAAAUUAGUGCAUCUGGGUCAAAGGGACUACGAUGUCAUUGCUGGACGCUGGACAACACCAAACCAUCAUAUAUGGAAACAUCUGAAUACCAUUCCACAGCCAUUUAAUCUCUACUCAUUUGAAAAUAACUAUCCAGUUGGCAGAAUCCAAGAUGUUGCUAAGUACACAACAGACAUUGGAAGUUGGCUAGAGCUGUUUGGUUUCCAGCUACACAAUGUGCUUCCUGGAUUCCCUAAACCAGAGAUAGAAGCACUGGAGACAACAUAUGAACUUUUACAACUUCAAACAAAAACCCAAGAGUGGGAUUCUGGAAAGACUAUCCUUGGCAUUCAAUGCGAGCUACAAAAACAACUAAGAAACUUUAUCUCUUUGGACCAACUUCCUAUGACCCCCAGGUACAGUGAUGGGAGGUGUCUUGAAGGAGGAAAACAGCCCAGGUUUGCAGCCAUUCCUUCAGUUUUUGGCAAAGGCAUCAAAUUUGCUAUUAAGGAUGGAAUAGUGACUGCUGACAUUAUAGGAGUAGCAAAUGAGGAUAGUCGGCGCAUUGCUGCCAUCCUCAACAAUGCUCACUAUCUGGAGAACCUCCAUUUUACCAUAGAUGGCCGAGAUACGCACUACUUCAUCAAGCUGGGGUCUUUGGAAGAAGACUUGGCUCUGAUAGGCAACACUGGGGGACGGCGCAUUUUGGAAAAUGGUGUUAAUGUCACUGUGUCCCAGAUGACUUCUGUCAUCAAUGGCAGGACUAGACGGUUUGCCGAUAUACAACUCCAGCACGGCGCAUUAUGCUUUAAUGUUCGGUAUGGAACAACCAUAGAAGAGGAGAAGAACCAUGUCUUAGAAAUAGCCAGGCAGAGGGCCGUAGCGCAAGCCUGGACUAAGGAACAGAGACGGCUGCAAGAAGGGGAAGAAGGCAUUAGAUCAUGGACAGAGGGCGAGAAACAGCAGCUUUUAAGCACUGGGAGGGUACAAGGCUAUGAUGGAUAUUUUGUUUUAUCUGUGGAGCAGUAUCUAGAACUUUCUGACAGUGCCAACAACAUUCACUUUAUGAGACAGAGUGAAAUAGGCAGGAGGUAACAAAAAAAAUCUCUGCCUUUGCGUCACCAAAGACUGCCUGUUUUUAAACAUAAAAAAAGGUUUAUUGUAUUGGUUUUUCUAGAUCAGAACUCUGUAUAUACAAAUAUAGAGGAAAAAAACAUAUCCAACUGCCUUUAAAUGUGACAGAAGAUGGUAUUUUAAUAUUGUUUGUUUAAACUCUUUGAGAGAUGACAGUGAAGAUUUUUAGUUCUUGUGUGGCAGUAUUCAAAAUUUCAGAAGCAGAGUUCAAAAGGUUCAACAACCCGACUUAAAAAGGAACAGAACACACCUGCCGAAUACAUAAGACUUCCGUGUGCUCUGCUUUCUUCUUAAAGAUGCACCAGUUCUUAUUUCAUUGCUUUGAUAACUUUGUAUUAAUUACAAAAGGUGAUGAAUUUGAGUCUGCAGUGCUUACUCACCUGGGCGGUGUGCAUCCCCCGGGAGAUGUCCCAGUGACUUCAGUGGGAUGCCUUACAUGAGCAAGUGCUGCAGGACUUUAUUUGGAAAUGGAUAUUUGCUCACCCACCCAGUACAUGUCAUUUUUCACAGCUACAAUCUAAGGAAGUUUCAGACCUGAAUUAACAUGCGGGGGGGGCGGGAACACAAGAGGUAUUGGAUACAGUAGUACAUAAUGGCUGUCCCAUAUGACAUUUAUCUUCUGUUAUCCAUAGACUCCUCCCCGUCACUCAGUGGUAAAUGUCAUGUUAUAUAUAUACAGUUUUGCACGUGAUGAUGUUGUACGCCUCUCUCCCCAAGGACUUCAGUCCGCGCUGGGUUGAGCCAGAUUCACUUAUGCGUUGCAAGCCCUCCCAGCUGGGGGAUCCAGUAGCACAUGGUGCCACAGCUAGACAAGCAGACAGAAAUGUGCAUGUGGCUUGAUGCAAAGCUUGUUGGAGUCAGUCUUUCCAUUGGCUCCAGCGGGUUUGGAUCGGGCUCUAAUUUGUCUACUUGGGACAAAUUUAAAGCCUGGGAGGAUUCACUCUGUGCCAGCGAGGGUAACAGAAACCCUGUAUGACUAUAGAGCACAGCGUUCUUCAUGUUCACUGGACAGGGAUUCGUCAUCUGGAAAUUGCAGCGAUAUUGGUUUUAGUCUUCGUCUCAUCUCCCAUUAACAGUUAUGUUGUACUCGUCAUUUUUUCAUCAGAAAAGAUGGCUGGGCCAGGAACCUGAGUGCGGACGGUAAAUGUUAUUACAUGUAGAACAUUUUGGGGAUGACUGUUCACUCUUUUGGCUCGAUAUCUAGAGCACAUAGCAAAGCAUGAUAUUGCAUGGGAAGGGAUUGUAUUUCACAGGCGAUCAUGAGCUGCCAGCACAGUGAUUUCAUAGUAGAAUAUGUGAUCUUUCUUUCAACCUGUCACUUUUAAAGGACCCGAUUGUCUCAUGUGUGCAGGGGAGGGCGGAGGGCGGGGGGAGGCCGGGAAUUAUCCACAACCUGUCUUUGCAAACUUCAGAAGGGAUUUAAAGUUUUGUUUUAGGAUCGUGUAUCCAUAACAAUGAUGUUAUUGCACAUUUCUACUGAAACAGGCAUAGUAAGUACAUUCAAGCGGUCUUAGCUUAUAUUUAGCUGAGCUGAUGCGACUUCCCCCCCUUCUUUCCUUUUCUCUUUCUUUUUCCUUUUGGGCAAGUGGAGCAAACUGUACCAGAGUUAGAGAUGAGCCUGAAUUGGAACAUCAGAUCUGAAACCCAGCCAAAGCGCUGGGGAAGUUUGGAUCCGGUUCUCAACUUCACAACAUGAGCCCCCCUUUGUAGACUUACUGCAGUGACCAACUUCGACAGUGCAGGAUCCAGCCUCAUGAGGGUCUUAGUCAAAGUGCCACACCCCAGACUCUGGGAAAAUUUGGAUCUAAAUCCAGAGGUAAACCGUGCGAUUGGGCUCAUCAUUAACUAACGUACAGCAGUUGGAGCUGACUGAUGGUUCUGAUUUCAGUAAUUUCCUGUAAAAUCAUGGAGACUUUGAAUACCUCCACACUAGCCUAAAAAUGGACCUUCAGAUCCUUGAGCCUCUAAUGUGCUUUUAAUCAAUGAAAAAAAAAAAAAUUAUGAAUUGUAUAUAGAGAGUGCAUUCAUAAACGUGAUGAUGUAUUUUAUCACUGAUCCAAGAUGUCAAUAUUAGAGUCUAUUUUACUUAUAUUUUAAGCGAUUAUACUUUUUUGCAGUUCACUGAUGAUGUAUCAUUUUCAAACUGCUUUAAAUAUCCAUUAUAAACAACUACUGGAAGCUCUUAGUAAUUACCUUGAACUGUGCAUUUCUAGUAUGUAAUACUUAUUUAGUUAGCUUGUGCCUUUAGUUUCUUAAAGUUAUAUUUGUAUUAUAUGCAGGAAAUGCACUUUGUAUUACCUACAGCUGUGGUUUUUUAAUACUGCCUUGAUUAUUAUUGUUCGCAUUAUUAUGCCCAAAGGUCAAAGAGUGACAUGUAUUACAAGUUUGCCCCUGAAAGCAGGUUUGGCAUUUUUCCUGUUCACGGGGAGGCAUUCUAAGAUGCAUUUUGAGGCAGCGUUUCUUAUGAGAAUACAGAUGUAUAAAGAACCAAAUGACAUUACAAAACCCUGCAUUCGGGGUGGGAUAAGAAAAUGCCUUCAAUCACGUUUGAGAAAUUUGGAAAAAAAACGGAAAAAAAAUCCAGUGUCAUUUUCGAUGAAAGUGACAACAUUUCUAAUGCUAAGUGGCUGGAUUAUUAAUAAAAGAGCACUGGAGGCUGAAGUCAUACUCACACGCAGGCCAGACAUCGUUCACGAGAGCUCCACCAGAUUCAUAAAUCUGGACCCUCUUGUUCAAGAACAGCCUCAGAUGGAGGCAGUUAAUAUUUCUGUAUCCAUGGUUUCUAUUUAUUUAUUUAUUUUGUAGCUAGAACGAUUCUCUUCAUGUUUCUUAAUUUUGCACUAUAGCCUAGAAACCCAAAUGAUAAAAAAAAAAAAAACACACAAAAAAAAUGUUCUAUAGUCAUUUUAAAUCAAGUAAUGUUACGUUAGCAUUCUGCACUGGGAACAUGAUUCUGAAAGUGAAAAAAAAACCAAACACGAUUGCACACUAUCCUGAAGCAAAAUACCGACCACGAGAAGAUACAUGUUAUAUUUUUAUGACAGCCAAACAAUAAUGUGUAAAAAUAACGUUUCCUUUGCUUUCAUAUUUAUUUAGAGAAUCUAGAACAUUUCGAAGGUAUAAAUAUAUAUAUAUAUAGAUAUAUAUGUAGAACAUAGCCAAAUAACUAUAUAUGAACUGGUCAAUGUGCAACUCGGUAUACACAUUCUAGCUGUUUAGUUUGAGAUCUUUAAUGUCUUCUAAGUUGUACACUAGUUAGGAGCUGGCUCUCUCUGGGUUUUUUCCCCCCUGUGUUCACACACUUUCAGGAGUUUUGUUUUUACAAGGUCGGCACUUAUCCCGUUCACUGAGCCCUCUUUAUAGCACCACCCUUGGGGAGGGGAGGGCAAGCAAUGUAAGUGUUAUGAAGAGGUAGUAUUACCUGAAUGACUAAUGUUGUUGGAAGCCAAGGUACAGUAGCCUAAUGCUAAACCAUUUUAUGGAGGAGCUUAUAAAGAGAUUGGAAUAUAUAUUUUAGAACAAAGACCAAAAAAACCCAGAAAAUGCAGAUUCCUUUCAACAUGCUUGUUUGCUCUGUGGAGUUCACAUCAGCAUAACUGAUCAAACCCUUCAACAUUCAGAUCAGCCCGCCACAGAUUUGCAUACGGGUUUUUUCCCCACAAAAUGCUGACUGUUAGUUCAAUCUGACCUUUUUUACAAAAAACAUUACCAGGUCAAAAGCUUACCGAGCAUAAGAAAAAAAAAUACUUCUCACCGGAAACUGAUAAUACUAGAGUUCAACUUACUGUGGAGUUGUCUUGGCAUUUGUCACCUUACAUUAUUUGUCAAAGGAAAUGUGUUUGCCAAUUACAAUCUUUCCUUAGAUUUAGUGGUGGACUUUAGCCUCUUAAUAAAUGUUAGUAUAUCGGAUUGUGUCCUUGACAAUAUUUUACUUGUAUGAACCAUGAUAAAACAUUGAAAUCUUCAUAUUCUUCCGGCAAAAGUGUUAAUUCAAGAGAAAGAGAAGCAUAGAGUACAAUAGACGUCAAAACAAGAGUCCUUUUUAGCUUUCUCAUGAAAAGUUAAAAUGUUUACAGUGUAUGCCAAGAUCUUCGGUUUCUAUCUGACAACGGUUAGAGGGUCUAAUCUUAUCGAAAUUGUGUUAUAAUGGCCUGAGCCUUGUUGCUAGGAAACAAUAGAUUCCAAUUUUUUAUUCCUGCUCUAACUAACUCCUGUGCUGAAUAGUGACUGGAUACUGUACAGGUUUAUGUUAUAUGGCUGCAGUUUAAUGGUCUGUUGCAUUUUGCUCUGGUUUUCAGACCAGAAGCAUGCAUUUUCUACAAGAGCAUCACAACAACAUGCUGUAAAUAUUAAAAGUUAAUAUAUUACGUGUUGAUAUUUGAAAGAGAAAGUACUUUGAAUAUUUCAUUUUUAAAAAAUAAAGGUGCAAACUAA